GUGAUCGACCCCUUCAUUAAUUUCUCAGUCUCUGACUCUCUCUGUCAAAAUUCGCGUACUAUUUGAAACCCGUCGCCACCUGCUCUUUGUCUGUUAACUGUUUGUUUGAAGGAUUCCUUUGAGAGAGCAAAAUGUUGGGUAACUGUGAGGAAAUGGUAUUCAUUCCUCCAACCACUAACCAAUGGCCACAGAGUCAGAUAGAUGAUCAUAAUAAGGACUCGAUGGCUUCCUCAUCAGGUGGUGGGAGGGUAAUGGAAAAACCAGGUCAAGAGCUUCUGCAGCAGCAACAACAAGCCCUCAAGUGCCCUCGUUGUGAUUCAUCAAACACAAAGUUCUGUUACUACAACAACUAUAGUUUAUCUCAGCCAAGACACUUCUGCAAAGCCUGCAAGCGAUAUUGGACAAGAGGUGGAACCCUCAGGAAUGUCCCUGUCGGCGGCGGUUGCAGAAAAAACAAGCGUGUCAAGAGACCAAACACCUCCUCCGCCAUUGACGCAGCUUCUUCUCCUACUGCCACCUCAAACCAUCCUUCACAACCCCAGAUCGACACUGCUUCAACCUCAAAUCAUAUCAAUCCUUUCUUUUAUGGAUUACCCAAUAACUCUUGCGAUUUGAAUCUUCCAUUCCAAAGGUUUAAUUCCAGAAUAUCUAGUUCUGUGUAUGAUCUUCAGCCGCAGAUGAAUGCCCUCGGAGUAGGUUUUUCGUCCUGUGAAACUAGUGAUAAUGGUUAUAAUAGGAAUGGUUUCACUUCAAAUAAUACGCUUCUUUCUGGUUAUAAUUCCAUCUUUAGCUCUUCUUCUUCAACUUCUACAUCUAGUACAACAGUUAUGCCUUCCCUGUUGAGCUCUACUCUACUGCAACAAAAAUUCGUCAAUGGUGGAGUUAAAGAUGGUUCAGCUGGUAACAACGCUUUCCAGGGCUUAACACCAAUAGAGCAGCUGCAAAUGGCAAGAAAUAGCGGUGGUGAGUCAGGGAUGAUGGCUUUAAAAGACGUGAAAGUAGAAGGACAAAACAGGUUGGAAUGGAAUGGUGUUUUCCAAAACCAGAUCGAGCAUGUGGGCUUGUACGAUCCUUCGCUUUAUUGGAAUACAACAACUUCUAUGGGUGUUUGGAACGAUCAAGCUAAUGUUGGUCCAUCAGUUACUUCUCUGAUCUAGAAAAAUACAAUCCCAAAGGAAGAAGCCAUGGUUUUCAAAUUUGUCUCCCCCUUGUUUAAGGUCAUUUCUUUAGCUUUAUUGAUCAGGCUUCUGUCUUAUUACUGCUACUUUUUUGUUUUUUAUUUUUAUUUUUUCUUUUGGGUCAAAAUGGGUUGGGUUUACUUACAUUAAAAUUUGUUGAAAAAGAAGAAAAAAAGGGAUACUUGUAAGAAAAAUGGGAAAGCUAAAGGUGAGAGGAGUUUGGAUCGGAGCGAUCAUGUCAGCUGCAACCUGCAAAUAUAUUGCUCUUCAGCCUGUUAAGUUUUAUAUGUCAAGGUUGAGAAUUGCAUAUAUUGCGCUGAGAGGAACCUCGGAUCCUCUUCUCUCAUUGUCUCGCUGUGGUUGCCACUUGCCAUGCCAACCCUUUCGUGCAAGUUCUCCAUAGUUGAUGAGUAAGUUGGUCUUUCAUUUUGUUAUGUAUAUAUGCAAUGACAUAUCGAUCCUUUAAUUUCUUUCUUACUUUCUAAUGUAUCGUGAUUAGCUAGU